AAAUAUAGUAAUUUGGACUAAUCAGACUGCUUGUAUCAAACGAAUGUUGGCGAAUAUACAAAGAUGGACGAUUCUUGUUGAAAGCGUUAAAAUGGUUUAGGAAAACCAAGAGGGAAAAUAAAUAGAAAAUGUCUGAGGAUGAUAGCUUUGGUCCAGCACUUCCACCGGGAUUUAAAAGAAGCACGACAAAAACAAAUCAACAGCAAGAAGACCGGAAACAGAUAUCUUCUCCAGAGUGUGAACGUGAUGUCAUGAAGAGGAUAGGACCCCACAUCCCCCCUCAUCUACAACCAGAUUCAACUUCAGAGGCCAGUGAAGAAGAGACAGCCUGCAUAGGACCCUCACUGCCACCACAUCUACGAUCAUCCCAUGGAUCCUCAACUUCUAGUGCCAAAAAUGACAUGUCGUCUGCUUCUCAAUCAAAGUCACACAACAGCUUGUCAUUGAUUGGCCCAUCACUUCCUCCUUCUUUAGCAAAAUCUAAACACUCUGAUGACAGUGAUCCAGAAACUGACUUGAUUGGCCCAUGCUUACCAAAAGGUAAAAGUUCAUCUAAUGUAACAAAUGCAGAAAGUGUGAUUGGGCCUUGCCUGCCCCCACAUUUACAGGGGGUCAGUGCCUUGUCAGCAUCAGGGCAGGAUGAGGAUUUUGACAAUGACAUCAUCGGACCACUACCUUCUGAAAUGACAGCUGGGAAUUCUGGGACAGAUUUCUCUGUGGAGUUUGAACGAAGGGCUCAGAAAAUGAGAGAUCACCUGGAUGGCAAAUCAGAUUCCGAGGGUCAGCCUAAACGAGACUCUUGGAUGACGGAGUUACCAGACUGUCUUGGGCAAAACAUUGGACUGACUGCCAGGACAUUUCGGGUGAAUGCAGGGCCAGACAUGAGUGACCGCUCAAUGUGGACAGACAGUCCGGCUGACCGAGCCAGGAAGGAGAAGGAAGGUCCGUCAGAGAGCAAAAAGCCACCAACAGUGGGCACCACAUCCAGGAGGGAUCAACAAAUCCGGACAGAGCUGGACAGCUACAAUAGAAAGCGUGGAAAAGAAUCUCUGCUUGAUAUGCACCAGGAGAAGAUGAAAAAGAAAAAGAAAGAAGAAGAGAACAAACCUCAAGAGCGACGGCCAUUUGAUCGUGAUCUCGACCUUCAGGCAAACAGAUUCGAUGAUGCCCAGCGAAAGGCAAUCAUAAAGAAGUCACAAAACCUCAACAGCCGAUUUGGCCACGGAAAGGAUGCACAGUACCUCUGAAGUGAAGAUUGUUCCAUUCUGGUGAUUGAGGAUAGUGACGUGCAUAUUUAAGUUUAUAUAUCUACUGUAGAUUCCUAAAUAUUUGCAAGGAAUUUAUUAUUGUGUAAUUUGGCGAGAGGCAUCACUAGCAAUAUAAAAAUGUACACUUUUAUUUUUCUGUUGUUAAAAUACAUGUAAAAAUUCUUCGUUAACAGACCAUGCGUGAAUUCAUGUUCGUGUGAUUUGACAUAUAUGAGUCAUUUCGAGAUAUUUAAAUACUCGCGUAAAAUAUGGAAUGUACAGUGUAUCACUGAAUAGAUGUGUCACUGUGAUGUGUGUGUGUGUGUGUGUGUGUGUGGGGGGGGGGGGGGGGUUGUUAUGUGAAUUUUAUAUGCCUUCAAGAUGAAAGAUUGGGCUGAGGUGAUAUGUUCCUUUUAGUUUUUCCAUAUAUUGUUUCUUUGUCAGUCAGCUACUGGAGCCUUGGUUGUAACAUUUUAACAAAAGAAAGAAAAUUUGUAUAAAAGACAUGGACACAAUUUUUUAUGGAUUGAAAUUGACAGUUCUUUGUUAUAGAAAUUAAGAUCUUUUAUGAAUAAGUGGAUUAAAAAUAUUUUUACACAG